GAGCUUAGGAAGAUGGUGGAAGUUUCUUGUUCUUCGGAGUGAGACACCCCAAAUACAAACUAAAUAUCUCUUCGGAACAGGUUGGGAAGACGUUUCAGUGCCGCCAAAACACAUUCCACAACCCCCCAUUUUGGUCUCGGCUCUCUUCCCAGCCCUAUGUCAUGGCCAGUGGAGUCAGCAAGUCCAGCACCUCCAAUGGGUACCCCAUAAAGGCACAGCUACAGGUCACUGUGCUAUCAGCGAAACUGAGAGAAAACAAGAAGAACUGGUUUGGCCCCAGUCCUUAUGUGGAAGUGACAGUCGACGGCCAGUCCAAGAAAACAGAAAAAUGCAACAACACUCACACCCCCAAAUGGAAGCAGCCAUUCACUGUGGUUGCCACUCCCUUCAGCAAGCUAGUGUUUCGUGUUUGGAGCCACCAGACCUUGAAGUCAGACUUGUUUUUAGGCCAGGCCAAGCUGGACCUCAGUGAAACACUAAAGGCCAACGACAUGAAAAUUUCUGAGUUGAUACAGACUCUCCAGCUGUACAGUGACAGAGAGCAAACAGAUGUGGUGGGAGACCUGUCUGUCCUUCUGGACGGCAUGACGGUGGACCCUGAAGUGUUCGCCUCAGCAGAGGCAGACCAUUGCAGUACAUCUAAUGGAGAAUCAUCACAGCAGAAUGGGGAUCACACUUUGAGGCCAAGUCGAGACAGCUCUCCAGCUUUGGACAGUGUGGAGCACAGAUCCUCUCCAAGCACUCAAAGGACAGUUAACAGCAAAGGUUCCCCAUCGUUGAGCGGGAAGCCAGUUCGACCACCUAGACCGUCUAGGCCUCCUCCCCCAACUCCCCGCAGGCCAACUGUUUCACCAGCAUCUUCUAGCAACGGCUCCGCUCCCACAGAGGCUAGUGAGGGCCAUUCGGCCCCUGAUACACCAGUGCGGACCUCAGGACCCACAUCUGCUCCAGACUACAGUCCAUCAACGUCCUCUAACAGGAGCUCCACAUCAGGAGCUGCAGCAACCAGGCCUCCAACCAGCAACACCACACCUUCCCUCCCUCCCAGAGUACCCUCCGUCAACCAUGGACCAUUACCUCCUGGAUGGGAGCAGAGGGUGGACCAGAAUGGUCGGGUGUAUUAUGUGGAUCAUGUGCUAAAGAGAACAUCAUGGGAACGUCCGGAACCACUUCCUCCAGGAUGGGAGCGUCGUUUGGACCAGAUGGGCCGUCCCUACUAUGUCGAUCACAUGACACGAACCACCACAUGGCAGCGCCCCACAAUGGAGACUGUCCGUAACUAUGAACAGUGGCAGCACCAGCAAAACCAUCUGCAGGGCGCCAUGCAGCAGUUCAACCAGAGGUUUAUAUACGGGGCCCAAGAUCAGGCAUCAGCUGCUCAGAAUAAGGAGUUCGAUCCUCUUGGCCCGCUGCCUCAUGGAUGGGAAAAGAGGACUGACUCAAACAAUAGAGUUUACUUUGUACAUCACCCAACACGCUCAACACAGUGGGAGGACCCACGGACACAGGGAUUACUGAAUGAGAAGCCGCUCCCAGAAGGCUGGGAGAUGAGGUUCACUGUGGACGGUAUUCCUUAUUUUGUAGACCACAACAGGAGAACCACCACCUACAUCGACCCUCGCUCAGGAAAAUCCUCACUUGAAAAUGGACCACAGAUCCAAUAUGUCCGAGACUUCAAGGCUAAAGUUCAGUACUUUAAAUUUUGGUGCCAGCAAUUGGCGUUACCUCAGCACGUCAAGAUCACAGUAACAAGGAAGAACCUGUUUGAUGACUCUUUCCAGCAGAUCAUGAGCAUCAAUCCUCAGGAUCUGAGGAGAAGGCUGUGGAUCAUCUUUCCAGGAGAAGAAGGUCUUGAUUAUGGAGGAGUUUCCAGGGAUAACAACAUCGAGGACUGUGGUUUAGAGAUGUUCUUCUCAGUUGAUAAGGAGAUCCUUGGAGAAAUCUCCACCCAUGAGCUUAAACCGGGCGGAGGAGACAUCCCCGUCACCGAGGAAAACAAGGAGGAAUACAUCAAGUUGGUAGCAGAGUGGCGGCUGUUUAGAGGAGUAGAAGACCAGAUGCAGGCGUUCUUUGAAGGCUUUAAUGAGAUCCUUCCUCAGCAGUACCUGCAGUAUUUUGAUGCUAAAGAGUUAGAGGUGAUGCUGUGUGGAAUGCAAGAGAUUGAUCUUGGAGACUGGCAGAGAAACACCAUCUACAGACACUACACUAAGACCAGUAAACAGAUAGUCUGGUUCUGGCAGUUCAUGAAGGAGCUUGACAAUGAGAAGCGGAUGAGGCUGCUGCAGUUUGUCACCGGCACUUGUCGUCUGCCUGGAGGAGGCUUCGCUGACCUUAUGGGAAGCAACGGUCCUCAGAAGUUCUGCAUUGAGAAGGUGGGAAAGGAAAACUGGCUUCCCAGGAGUCACACAUGCUUUAACAGAUUGGACUUACCGCCCUACAAGAGCUACGAACAACUGAAAGAGAAGUUAAUGUUCGCCAUCGAGGAGACAGAAGGAUUUGGACAGGAGUGAAAGGACGGUGCGUUAAGGUGCACAGCGGAAAAAAGCGUUAGUGUUUAAAUCAGGGAGUGUUUGUGUUUGGGAGUGUUUAUGCUCAUCGGUGCAUGCUCCGUUUGAGUGUCUUUAAUAGGAGAAUUGUUGAGAUCGCUGCCAGCAUGUACAGUAGUGUGAUUGAGACUCAUUGCUCCCAGAGCUCACAGCAGGCUCCUCAUCGCCUCAUGACUCGGAGCAGAGUUUCAAAUACCUUAAAAAACCAAGAUCUAAGUCUUCACCAAUCUCUGAGAAUGUGAGUUAAAUCGUAGAAAACCUGGCUUUAAAUGAUAUGAGUUCUACAGAACAGCAGCGUUUUCACCUCCUAAACAUGUCGUCAGCCUGAGGUUAAAGUCUUAUGGCCACAUUUAAAAGGUCUCUUUGUUUUCAGCACAGAUAAGUUCCUCCAAAAGAGAAAAAUAACUCUGUUUGGUUUGAUAAAGACUUGCUUUUUUAUUUGUGAAUAAGCUGAUAAUUAAGAUGAAUCUUCCUCUAUCAUUUAACAUUAACACGCCUUCUAAAAGCUCAUCUGAAUUAAAUCUGAGGUAACAAACAGUCUUGGUGCUUCAGAGAUUCCUGCUUGUUCUGUGCUCUGGAUCGUAUCACGCUGAAGUCUGUGAACCGAUAAAUGAUUGUGAACAGUGUUGGAAUCUCCAUUAUAUUUAGGGGUGGUGGCAAAUGUUAAAAACCAAUGAUCUGACCCUAGUUUUAUAGGGCUGGAGUGCACACUGUGAUGUGUAACAGGACAGUAUGGAUUAGAGUAUUCUAGGAGAAUCUUAAUGACCCUAUCAGCAGCUUUAAUCACUCUAUUAAAUGUAGAGAAACAGUCUUAAUUAAAUCAACAAAUUGCUUUAAAAUCCCAGGAAAAAAACAGAAACAGACCAAUUUUACUCCAAGCCAAAUAUAUUGUUUAUACUUAGAGCCAUUUUUAACUCAUUCUUAACCAACCUGAUUUUCUCUUUAAACACAUGUAGCAUUUGAUUUAUAUACAACUGUUUUCUAGCCUUACUUUAACGAAUCCAUACCUUACAGCAGACUUUAAAACAGUUUUAAUGUAAGCAAUAAUUGAAAAAUGAUGGUGUGUAAUGUUUAAAUCCAGCCUCACCUUUUUUCCCCAAAACAUAUUUCCUUCAAAUUGUUUAUUUUCAUGGUGAUAAAACCUCCUCUGCCAUUUAUAGUUUGUUUUCAGCUGUAUGUGACAUACCUGCACAUUAAUGAGCACCUCAGGGAAAUAUUUGGCCAUCAGCUUUAUAUUAAGUUAUAGCGUUAAUAAAAACGUAGGUAUUAGAGAAAGCCAGAACGUUGGUAGAAUCUGUGUUUAUAUGAACAAUAUUGGGACCCCUGGGUUGAGUUUGUCACAUAAUCACCGAUUUUACUAGAUGAGAAACCGACCCACAGCAUUUUUUUUUUUAAAUACCGUUAUUUUAACAAAAAUGUCACUUUAUUCUUAUUUUAUCAAAGCAAAGGGUCCAUUUAAAGUUCAGAAAGUUUAAAAUAGACUUUUUGGGCAUCCCUCAAUGCCAGAAAAUAUCACAAUAUUAUGAACAGAUUUAUAAAGAGGCCAAUUUAGGGGCUCUUGUUCAAAACUCAACUAAUAUGACAAAUUUUGAACUAUUUUUAUCAGAACGUCCAAGAAAUUAAGGCUUUAUUGCUCAGAUAUUUUUUUUUUAUUCAAUUAUACGUUUAAAAUAUUUUCUUUCAGUUUAAUUAUUAUUUUGACCAGGGGUGCUAAUAAAUGUGCUGCGACUGCAGGUAAAGAACACUAUAUCUCUUAUUUAUUAUUUAUCACGAAAGCAGUAAAUCGUGUUUCAUUAAUCAUCACUAAAGGUAUCUGAAGACAAACUCCUUCCUGGAUGAUUCAUGUUAAAGCUGAGGUAGUUAAUUUUGAAAUUGAAUAAAACAUGUGAAGGUUUUUUCCUGUUUGAAGCUUGUAGUCGAACACUGAAGCAGCAGAGGAUAAAUUAUUGGAACGCAGCAGGAGCUCUCAGUUUGUAGCCUUAUCCUCUGUCAGAUUUCCACCCAGCAGAGGUGGUUGACCUUAUGGUUAAAUUCGUUUUAAUCCUCCAGUGAUCAGAGAUAUUCUGGAGAAUGUGCAGUAGAGCUACGUAUGAAGCUUGAUCCAUAAUUUCAGCUGAAAGAACAACUACUGUAUGAAAAUAGUGAAUGUAUCAGGAGGAAAGGUUGUUACUCAUAGUUUGUCGCCUCCUCUAAUAACUCUUGAAUCGAUAACAAGCAGAUGUGGAAUUGCCAUAAAGUAUGCUUGUUUUUUGUUUUUAAAAUCAAU